CUCAUCAUUUUUCCUUCCACAUCUCUUCUCCUCUCCUCUCUCCAUAAAUAUUAAAUUAAUAUUUCAAUAAUAAUUCUUGUGCUAAAAUUGUAACUCCAAUUCAGAAAAUUUGAUUGUAAUCAUGGCUGGGGCUCUGGUUCAGUCAACCAGCUUUCCUUCGACGGUUGCUGGUGAAAGCAAGGUUCGUUCAAAGAGAUCUGGUAGAACAAAUGGAGAAGUUAAGAUGAUGUACAGUGUACAAACUCCUUCAAUGAGAGUGGGAAAUUUCUCUGGUUUACGAGGAACCAAUGCUUUAGAUAACUUGGUAAGAAGGGGCCAAGAUUUUCAUUCAAAGGUUGCAGCGGCCACCUCUGUUCGAAAAGCAAAGCCUUCGAGAAUCGUGCCAAAAGCCAUGUUUGAGCGUUUUACGGAGAAAGCUAUCAAAGUUAUCAUGCUUGCACAAGAGGAGGCAAGAAGGCUUGGUCACAACUUUGUUGGUACUGAACAGAUCUUAUUAGGUCUAAUUGGUGAAGGCACUGGAAUUGCAGCAAAGGUGCUGAAGUCAAUGGGAAUCAAUUUGAAAGAUGCACGUGUGGAGGUAGAGAAGAUUAUUGGUCGGGGCAGUGGAUUUGUUGCUGUUGAGAUCCCAUUUACCCCUCGUGCAAAGCGUGUUUUGGAACUCUCUUUAGAGGAGGCACGUCAACUCGGUCAUAAUUAUAUCGGAUCUGAGCACUUGCUCCUUGGGUUGCUUCGUGAGGGUGAAGGCGUAGCUGCUCGUGUUCUUGAGAAUUUGGGUGCAGACCCGAAUAACAUCCGCACACAGGUUAUUAGAAUGGUUGGUGAGAGUGCAGAAGCUGUGGGUGCUGGUGUAGGUGGUGGAAGCUCAAAUAACAAAAUGCCGACACUCGAGGAAUAUGGUACCAACUUGACAAAGCUAGCAGAGGAGGGUAAGUUGGAUCCUGUUGUAGGAAGGCAGCCGCAAAUUGAAAGAGUUACUCAAAUUUUGGGCCGGCGUACAAAAAACAAUCCCUGCCUUAUCGGAGAACCUGGUGUUGGAAAGACGGCUAUUGCAGAAGGCCUCGCCCAAAGAAUUGCAAGUGGUGAUGUUCCAGAAACAUUAGAGGGGAAGAAGGUGAUAACUCUAGAUAUGGGUCUUCUUGUGGCUGGUACGAAGUACCGUGGAGAGUUCGAGGAGAGACUAAAAAAGUUGAUGGAGGAAAUUAAACAAAGUGAUGAGAUUAUUCUAUUUAUUGAUGAAGUCCAUACACUCAUUGGAGCUGGAGCUGCAGAGGGAGCUAUUGAUGCUGCUAACAUUUUGAAGCCAGCUCUUGCUAGAGGUGAAUUGCAGUGCAUUGGUGCAACAACACUUGAUGAAUACCGUAAGCAUAUUGAGAAGGACCCAGCACUAGAGCGACGAUUCCAACCUGUUAAGGUACCGGAGCCAACAGUUGAGGAAACAAUACUGAUUUUGAAGGGACUUCGUGAACGAUAUGAGAUUCACCAUAAGCUCCGUUACACCGACGAAGCAUUAGUCGCUGCAGCGCAAUUAUCAUACCAGUACAUCAGUGACCGAUUCCUUCCAGAUAAAGCGAUUGAUUUGGUAGAUGAAGCUGGCUCUCGAGUUCGACUUCGUCAUGCACAACUCCCAGAGGAAGCCAGAGAACUUGAGAAAGAGCUUAGGCAGAUAACCAAAGAGAAGAAUGAAGCAGUUCGGGGACAAGAUUUCGAGAAGGCUGGUGAGUUGCGGGAUAGAGAAAUGGAUCUAAAGACUCAGAUAUCAGCACUCGUGGAUAAAAACAAAGAGAUGAGCAAGGCAGAAACCGAAGCAGGGGAGGAAGGUCCCACCGUAACAGAGGUGGACAUUCAGCAUAUCGUUUCUUCUUGGACUGGCAUACCAGUAGACAAAGUAUCCGCUGAUGAAUCUGAUCGCCUCCUCAAAAUGGAAGAAACUCUUCACAAAAGAAUCAUUGGUCAAGAUGAAGCAGUUAAAGCUAUAAGCCGAGCCAUCCGCCGAGCCCGAGUAGGUUUGAAAAAUCCCAACCGGCCCAUCGCCAGCUUCAUUUUUUCGGGGCCCACUGGUGUUGGGAAAUCUGAACUCGCUAAAUCCCUAGCUGCCUACUACUUUGGCUCAGAAGAAGCCAUGAUCCGGCUCGAUAUGAGUGAGUUUAUGGAACGACACACUGUCUCGAAACUCAUUGGUUCACCUCCAGGUUACGUUGGCUACACUGAAGGUGGUCAAUUAACUGAGGCAGUUCGACGCCGCCCUUACACUGUCGUCCUCUUUGACGAAAUCGAAAAAGCUCACCCCGAUGUCUUCAACAUGAUGCUUCAAAUUCUCGAAGAUGGAAGGUUGACUGACAGCAAAGGACGUACCGUUGACUUUAAAAACACUCUUUUAAUCAUGACAUCGAAUGUCGGUAGCAGUGUUAUUGAAAAAGGUGGGCGUAGAAUCGGGUUUGACCUUGACUAUGAUGAGAAAGACAGCAGCUACAACAGAAUCAAGAGCUUGGUGACGGAAGAACUAAAACAGUAUUUCAGACCCGAGUUCUUGAACAGAUUAGACGAAAUGAUCGUGUUCAGACAGUUAACCAAGUUAGAAGUUAAGGAAAUUGCUGAUAUUAUGUUGAAGGAGGUUUUCGAGAGGCUAAGAAUCAAAGAAAUCGAGCUUCAAGUGACCGAGAGGUUUAGGGACAGGGUGGUUGAGGAAGGUUACAACCCGAGCUAUGGUGCUAGGCCAUUAAGAAGAGCCAUCAUGAGGCUUCUUGAAGACAGUAUGGCGGAAAAGAUGCUUGCACGCGAAAUUAAAGAGGGUGACUCGGUGAUUGUUGAUGUUGAUGCCGAUGGAAAUGUGACGGUCCUCAAUGGUAGCAGUGGUGCCCCCCCACCAGAGGCUUUACCAGAGCCAAUUGAAGUGUAAAACUUUUGGUUAAAAAGUAUGUUGUUUGUAUUAUAAUGUAAUGUGAUAUGCUUUAAAUUCCAAAUUUUCGUACGAUGAAUUUGCAUAUCCACUGUUGGAGAUCGACCAGAUACUAGGGUUUAGAAUUAAGGAUUUUUAUGUUGUAAUUGUAGUAAUAAAAACAUGUGUUAAAGUAUUUGUAUCUAAUUUCCGGUUUUUCUUCCUAAAA